AUGGUGGUGCUGCUGGGCAACUUCCUCCACGCCCGCUUUGAGCUCGACACGACGGCUGGCGUCUUUUCCGUUCACAGAGUUGUCGAUGACGAUGAGAUUGUUGCCGAUGACGACGACAGCGGCAUCGGCGAGCUCGAGUUCCCCUGCGAGCCGGCCUUUGCCCCGACCCGAUUCGAUCCGGUCGAUGGCGAGCCGCCAGCCGUGUGCUGGUCGGUCCCGACCGGUGCUCCGUCCUCUCCUUACUUUCAUCCGCCGUUCUACUUUGUCCCGGCUGUCUCUACCGAUGUCGAUCGGCUGGUCGCCGGCGUGUCGUCGGCGUGCGCUGCGGCGCCGUCCCCACAGCCCGCCUCGCCAGUUCCGCCGCUGACUCCUGCCUCCCCGUCCACCGCCGCCGCCACCGCCACUGCCACCCCCACCCCCACAAUCGACGCGCCCGGAGAGCUCGUCAGCACCUUCUCCGGUCUCACGCUCUACGUGAUGGAGCACGGCUCGGCCGGCGGCGGCGACGACGACGACGCCUACUUUUCGGUCCGAUUCCCCGCCGCCUCGGUCGGCAUUUACGCCACCGGCAAGUUCGAGGCUUCACUUGGCGUCGCCGACGGCGACUCGGUCGAUGCUGGCCUCGCGUAUGUCUUUCCGAUCUGCCCAGCCAUGCAUUUUGGCUACGACGCCGAGGCAGACGCUGUCAUGUUUGCCUCGCACUUUGACGGCCGCACUUACACCUGGUCGCUUCGAGUCACCGAGGGCUGCAGCGGAAGCACAGACGCGCUCCGCGCAGCGCUCACACGUCAUCUGUGGGAAGCACAGUCGCUCCGCAAGUGGAGCUCGCUCAAGGAUGCAGACAAGGCCUGGAUUCUGCGGAUGAUGACUGGUGAAGGCGAGGGAGCGCCAAGCGCUGCCUCCCGCACCGAGUCUGCGCUCUUUGAUCUCGACGACGACGACCUCGCAGACAUGGAUCUCGCCGCCGACGACGAGUGGGAUGCCGAUGGCGUCGGCUACGGCAUUCGCUCAUCGGCUGCUGCCCGCCGGGCCACGGGCGUUUUUGACGUCGAGUCGGACGCCGGCGGCUUCUACGCCUCGCCUCGCAAGACUGCCGCUGCGCCCGGCGACGACGCCGAAGGCGAUGUCAAUGCUCUCCUUGAGCUGGGCAUGGCGUCCUCGCGGGCUUUUGUGGGUCGCGGGAGCUCGGUUGGCGUCUUUGGCCUCACCGCCGACGACGACCUCGAGUUUUCGGCCGCCAUCGACGGCCUGGCCUACCUCGACGGCACGCCGCUCGUCGCUGCCCAAAUGAUGCUCCACGACCGCGACGACUCGAUGCUCAUGGUCUCGCCAGUCCGUCCGGACCGUGUCGCGCGAGUCGAUCUCCACCGCGGCGCCGUCGUCGACGAGUUCACCUCGUCGCCCGAUCCCGAGCUCGCCACCCGGGUCCGUCGCCUCGCGCCGAACACCAAGUUUGACUCAGACGCCACCUUUGUUGGCCUUAACAAGCUUGGCCUCUUCCGCAUGGAUCCGCGACUGCCGUCAGGCUCGCAGCUGGUGCCGGACCACGGCUACACAUUCAAGCCGACGUCCAAGCCGCUGCUCUCGUGCAUCGCUGCCACCGCCGACGGUGGCUAUGCCGUUGGCUCGGACCGCGGCGAGGUCCGCCUCUUUGCUCCGGGUGCUGGCAUCGGCAAGCGGCCGAAGACCACGUUCCCUUCGGUCGGCGCGCCCAUCACCGCCCUCGACGUCACCGCCGACGGCGCCUUUGUCCUCGCCACCACCGCCACCUUCCUUGCUCUCCUGCCGACCCUCCACCCCGAAGUCCGUGGCGCCACCGGAUUUACCAAGCCACUUGGCAAGUCCAAGCCUGCUCCCAUCCAGCUCUACCUCCUUCCGCAGCAUGUUGCGCUCUUUGGCGGAUCCAUCAGCUUUACCCCCGCUCGCUUCGACGUCUCUACCGCAUCGGGCUCCCACGAGCGUGUCAUCGUCGCCUCCACCGGCCCGUGGGUCAUCACUUGGUCGCUUGCCCGCGUUGCCCGCCGCGACGUCGAGUCUUACACCUUUAUGCGCGCCGAUGACGUCGUCACCGCCUCGUCCUGGCUCCCGUCGUCCACUUCGUCAUUCAUUGUCACCGAGCGCAACGACGUCAAAGUUGCCCACAAGCAGUAACAACUCACUCCCCCCCC